CUUUUCGUGUGUAUUGCGAUCAAUUGCAAUCCCUCAUGUUGGGGUUAGACGGAUACCACCCAUAUUAUAUUCCAGCAUGUAGCUUACCUAUAGCGCCCUUAUACAUACGGCAAUCCUACAUUUAGCAAGUCUGCAAAAUGUCCUUGUCGAAUCAACUUAAUGCCUUUCUGGCCAUGCCGCCCUCUUUGCGACUCACUGUGAUCGGGGCCCCCCAACGAAUACGACCAAGUCAGAUCAAUCUUGCUUUGAAGGAUUUGAAGGCUUAUAGAUCUACUGCCGCUUUUAAUUACAAUGAAGCGGCUGCCUUCUAUAUACCCGAGUCCCGACAAGGUCGUGUCGACAAUGUCUCGCUUGGGACACUUUGCAAAACAUCCCAUAUGCGAUCAACUCCCGAUGAGCCUCUCCUCUCUGGACUGAGUACCCUCUUCACUAGGAAUCCAGCAACAUUCCAAUAUGGAGAGACAGAUUUCUACAAGCUCAAGAAAAAUACCCUCAUCCCUGAAGUCUGUGUCCUCGGCCGAUCUAACGUUGGCAAGUCGUCUUUUGUCAAUGCUCUUGCUGGCCGAAGUCAACGGAGUCAGAACUCGCUGGCACGUAUUAGCAAGCACGCUGGUAAAACUAGAGAGAUGAAUACAUAUGGAUUUGGACCAGCACCGCUGCCGAAAGAUAUUGCCGCGUGGACUGCCGAACUUAAAGGCAAAGAGGAUAUCCCAACUCACACCUUUUACCUUGUGGAUAUGCCCGGAUACGGACACGCAUCCUUGGAAGACUGGGGACGUAAUAUCACGUUAUACCUAACUAAAAGGAUAGGCGUAAAAGGAGCCAUAAUCUUAAUCGACGCUGAAGUUGGGCCCAAGGAGCUGGACUUGCAGUGUUUGCAAUUAUUAAGUUCUGUCAAUAUGAGAACCUCUAUCGUCCUCACUAAGGCGGAUAAGGUUAAAGGUGGCCUAACCGCCCUGGGUGAUUUAUGUGCCAAGUUACGGGACAAUGUUCUUGACAUUGAGAAUUCGCAAGAAAAUUAUAAUUGGAAUUUGGACAGAGACGUGUUUGUCACUGCCCUUGGUGCGAAAGACGCUGCUGUCAUACAUUCAACAGCAUCGCAUGCGAGAUUUGCUGUAGCUCGUUUAGCCGGCUUGGUAGAAACUAACCGACCGGACUCAGAAAAAAACAAGAAGUGGUCUGGCAAAGUUAUCUCGUUUGAAGAUUUGCAGUAUGCACCAAAGGAUUCCUUGCCCAAGAAGGUAGACAAUUUUGAAUCUUCUAAACUAGAAUGGGCUGCGGGAAGGGGACACGAGGCUCGUUAUGGAAUCACGCCAGGUAUUUUUGACUCCUUACAUUCGAGGAUUAUCACUCAACCCCAGGCUCGAAACUUCCAUAGCUACAGCUGUAGGAUGAAACCCCCACGCGAACAACGCAAUACGGAAAAGGAUUCACAGGAAAUGGUUGAUAUCCUAGACGAGUUCAUGAAAAAGAUUAGGGCUACUAGCACUACCAGCAGCUAUGUUCGAAACAUGCGGCGAAAGAAUGAUAGGCGUUUACCCCCUGCGCCUGAAAAACGCAACAUCCUCGGCAGACAGGAGGAAAAACUGCAGCGGGUUCUGAGGAAGCGCUUCCCCGAAGAUGCAGCUAGGUCAGAAAAGAUACUCCAGCAGAGGUCAACAGUUACGAACGCACAUAUAGGAAACGAAGAAGAAUGGCCCACCGACUUUCCUCCGUCGCGUGGCAAAAAUAAGAAACAGAAAGAUGAAAUUAUGACUCCAAACGCAUUCAAGGCUCUAUUGACGCAACCGACAUCGAAAGACAUCUUGUCAUCAUCUUCAGGACAAACUAAUAAGAAGAAACAAAAAGGCCAGAAUAGUUCUAGCAAAAAACAACCAACGAAAAAAGAGAAGGAGGUGGUGUUGGACGCGUUUGAUGCUAAAUUUGCUAAAGCAUUUUCAGGAAAAUUCUAGGUGAGGAUGAUGCUGGUAUUCUAUCGAGUAUAAAAGACCAACCCCUGAGUCAACUUCGGACUCGGGUAUAGCGACAUAUGGGCAACCUACCUUAGAUAGGUAGGUACCCGUCAUGAGUCUAACACGAUGGCUAUACAUGAUGUACUCUACUAUGAUCACACACAUAUAGGUAGCAUAAGGACAUAUUGAACACAAC